AUGUACUCCAAGUUCUGGCCCAAGGGCGGCCUUCCCGGGAUCCUCCAUCACUAUACGGAGACUCUGGUGACCUUUGAGUACACCACCAGCGCCGUCUCGCAGCCUCACAGCAUCCUCUUCGUCGGCGGUCUCAGCGACGGCCCCGCCUCGACGUCGUAUCUCGCCGACGUCGUCAAGGGGCUGCAGCCGACACAAUGGUCCCUCUUCACGCUCGCCCUCACCUCUUCAUACCAGUCGUGGGGCCUGGGCCAUCUAGACAGAGACACGGAUGAGAUUGCGCAAUGCGUGCGCUACAUCCAGGACUACAAGACGUCCAAGUACGGCGCUGCCGGCAAGAUUGUCCUCAUGGGCCACUCGAGCGGCAGCCAGUGCGUGCUUCACUACCUAUCGCGGCCGAACCCGCACACGAGUAAGCCGUCAUUUGACGCAGACCUGGAGCACGUCGAGCGGCCCGUCCUCGACGGCGCCAUCAUGCAGGCGCCCGUGUCGGACCGUGAGGCUCUCCUCUGGGUGCUCAAGACCGGGUUUGGGGACAAGUCGCCACAGGAUAUGCGUGUGGUUUACGACAAUAUGUUGGCGGCCGCCAACGAAGCCGUGAAGGGCGGCUCCGAACUCGACGCCAUCCUUCCCUUGUCGCUCACUGCCUGCAUCUACGGCUACAACACACCGUUGAGCGCGCGACGAUUCCUGAGCCUCGCCAGCCCCGACAGUCCGCAAUCGCCGAGCGAAGACGACCUGUUCAGCUCCGACCUCGGGCCUGCUCAGCUACAGCAGACCUUCGGAAGAAUAAGACCCAUGGGCUUGCUGCGAAACAAGCUCAUGGCCCUGAUCUCGGGCGCCGACCAGUCCAUGCCCGACUGGGUAGACAAGGAGGGACAGUUGGUGAAGUGGAAGAGCGCGACGAAUGGCGCGGGCGGACCGGAGAUUUGGGAUUCGGAGCACAGCGCGGUCAUUCCAGGGGCGUCGCAUGCUCUGAGCGAUGACGACCAGGAGGAGCCGCGGAGGUUUCUUGUAGGUAAAGUGCUGGGCUACUUACAGACGUUGCAAUAA